GCGCGGUAUAUAAACUCCCCGGAGGAUCAUCUUCUCAGUUCGCUUCGCGUCUUCGGUCCUACAGCAAUAUGAAUAGCCAGUUGGCCAAGCUGGUCGUCCUGAUGCUGUCGUGCAUCAGCACGGACGUCCUGGCGGGUCUCCUGCCAGGAGGUGGUGCAGGUGCCGGAGGAUAUCAAUAUAGUCGACCAGGUGGUGGCGGAUUCGGCGGCGGCGGCGGCGGUGGUGGUGGCGGAGGAUACUCAGGUGACGCCGGUUUUGGCGGCGGCUACAGGGCGUCAGCGGCAGCAGGACCUAUUAGACUUGGCCAGGCUUAUGGUGCACCCGGAAGCGGUGGCGAUUUCGGCAGACAGCCGAGUGGAUUCGGUGGACAGCAGUCGUCCUAUUCCAGACCGCAGUUCGGCGAAAGUGGCAGCGGUGGAUACCCAGAUCGUGGUGCUGGAGGAUAUGGUUAUGGUGGACGUGACAGUGAGAGGCCGAAGCCGUACAGCUUCCAAUAUGAAGUCGUAGAUCCACCGAGCGGCAAUGAUUACUCUCAACGCGAAAGUAGCGAUGGUAACGUCGUUCAAGGGGAAUACAGAGUCCUGUUGCCGGACUCGAGGACGCAGAUCGUUCGGUAUACAGCUGACGAUGUAAACGGAUACAACGCGGAAGUUCAAUACGAAGGACAGGCUCGCGGAGGCGGCUAUGGAGGCGGUUAUGGAGGUGGUUAUCAAGGUAGAACCGGUGGCUUUGGCGGACCAGGAGGCAGCGGCGGCGGUUUUGGCGGACCAGGAGGCGGCGGUUACGGUGGAGGCGGUUUCGGCGGUGAGCAGCACAGUGGCAGCAAUCAAUAUUUGCCGCCGCGUAAUUACCGCAAAUAACCUUUGUCGCAAACAACACGGGCUACCUUACCAAAAUACGACAUGUACGACGCGCGCAUUUACGGAGACAACCGUCACGGACCUCCCUCGGCUUUUUAUUCUGAGUACGAUAAUCCGCACCUAAUAAUUAAUAUACGACAACAUACAUAUACACACACACAUAUAUAUCUUCUCCACCCAGUCACUUGCGCAUUCACACAAAUAUCACUUUCACCCGUAUUUAACGAUUACACGACGACUAAUUAGGGUAACUUCAUAUACGCAUGCAUGAGUGUGUGUAUGUAUUUAUAUAUAUACAUAUAUAUAUAUAUUAUUAUAUACAUAUUUUUUUGGUACACACAUAAUAACUGUGUACUGUAAAACAUACGCUUCUGUACUUUCUGUUAAGCGAUUAUCAAACUCUUAAUUAUGUUAUGUACGUAUUUAUAUACACGAGCUUUUGUAGUGAAACAUGAAUGAGAAGUACUUGUACGAGCGCGCGAACGCGAAAUCAGACGGGAGAGUCGGUGAUCGAGUCAAUUAUUACGCUAUAUAAAUGUAUUUAACAAUUACUAAAAUAAAUUAUGAACUAAGCACGAA